AUGUCUGAAGCUUCACCAUCCGGGAGCGACCUGGCGGCGAUCCGGGGGAUCCAAGAAGCGAAAGCCAAGUUGUCCUCGGCACAAGCAGCUUUGGAAGUAGAACUAGAACGAGCGUCUUUGGCGGAGUCUGUUCGAACGCACCGGCUCGAAAAGGGAGUAAUGGAGGCAUCCAAGAAGCUCUUCCGGGAACAGGAGGCCAAAGAUGAAGACGGCCGACGAAGUCAAAAACUUGCCCUGGCGGAACUACGUAAUGAAUUGGAGAAGGCGCAAGCUCGCCAAUAG